UCAGACCAGACUUGGCUUUUGUCCAUUGUAUUAUAUAACACAACGGCACAAUAAAAGACACGCAGAUAACGUUAAAAAUCUGCUUGGUCAUCCUAAGAACAGAUAAUAUAAAAGACUUGCAUCCAACGAAGACCCAAACAGGCUAGAGGAAGGCCGAGGAUGAGGACUGUGAUUGUGGUGCAUGGUGGCGCGUGGGCCAUCCCGGAUCUGUUAGCCGAAGCAUCUGUGGCUGGAGUCAAGAAUGCUGUGCGGGCAGGGGAUACUGUUCUGAAGAAUGGGGGGAGUGCAAUUGAUGCUGUAGAAAAAGCUGUGAGGUCUUUGGAGGAUGACCCAACGUUUGAUGCAGGUCAUGGUGCAGUGCUCAAUAUUGAUGGAGAGGUGGAGCUGGACAGUAUCAUCAUGGAUGGGAAAACACUUGCCGCUGGAGCUGUGGCCUCUGUUAGAAACAUUGCUAACCCUGUUAGUCUUGCUCGUGCUGUGAUGGAAAAGACAGAUCAUGUCAUGUUGACAGACAGAGGGGCAAGCAUGUUUGCAGAGCGCAUUGGUAUUCCAGAAGCUCAUGAUUUGGUGACUGAGCCAGAACGCAAAGAGUGGGAACACAGCAACAGCUAUGGAGCCGGAGUCAAACAGCUCUUCAACACACAAUGGGGCCAUGAUACCGUUGGAGCGGUGGCUCUGGACUCUUUCGGUAAUGUGGCAUGCGCAACAUCCACUGGAGGAAUCAGAUACAAAAUGGUGGGAAGAGUUGGAGAUUCUCCUAUUAUAGGAUCUGGUGGAUAUGCAGACAAUAGAAGUGGCGCGGUCUCCUGUACUGGUCAUGGAGAGUCUAUUCUCAAAGUCACCUUAGCCAGAUUAAUCCUCUUUCAUAUGGAGCAAGGGAAAUCAGCCACAGCCGCCGCCACCGCCUCACUCCAGUACAUGGGUGAGAGAGUGAAGGGAUGUGGAGGCGCCAUUGUUCUCUCCUCCACAGGGGACUGGGCCGCCAGCUUCACCACACCACGCAUGGCUUGGGCCUCCAUUAAAGAGGACGUCCUGCACUACGGGUUGAAUCCGAAAGAAGAGUUUACCGAGAUGCUGAAAUGAAAACUUUUUUUUUUGUUUUAAUCUUAUUUUUAAUUAACCUUAUUGUGAAUUUCUUAAAACUUUCAGCUAGUUCAUCAGUUUGUCUUAAUUGUUAGCUUCUAUCAGUUUGUUCUAAUUUCAUUUAUCCUUUAUAUAAACCUACAAGUUAUUUUACAUCAAUAGUAAUGAGAUCUUUUUCACAUCAAGAAGAUAACAAGAUUACUCCUCGAUUCAUUGAUUUAAAAAAAAAAAAAGUUAUCUUUGACUAUUGAUAGUUAGAUGUUAAACAAAUGAAAUUUACUCUGUACACACUUAAUAACAUUUAUACAAGUUGUCCCCUACUGUUUCAACAGUAUCUAUAUUGAACAAACAUAGUGUUGAAACAUGUAUAGUGUAAGUGACUAGAUGAAGAAUUAAGAUUUCUCAUAAGCUUAACCCACAAUUAAUGAAAAAUGAUAAGAGUUAUCUAGUUAGCAUUAUAUGUAUCCACAAAUGACAUCUGAGUGCAUAGACAUCAGAUAUAUCAUGAAAAAUAUAACAGACAAAUGUACAACAGCCAGUGUUGGGGAAAGUUUUUUUUUUUUUAAAGUAAUGUGUUACAAUAUUGCAUUACUCCCUUAAAAAGUAACUUAAUUGCGUUACUUAAUUACAUUUUAUGGAAAGUAAUGCAUUACAAUACUUUUUGCGUUACUUUUACUCACCUGGGGCCUCAUUUAUUAAGCGUGCGUACGCACAGAUUUGAUCUUAGAGUGUGCGUACGCUUAAAUUUGACGUGGAAAAGUGCUUAGAGAGCCUUUUUUAUUUGAAAAAAAAAGUAAUCUGAUUACAUAACUCACGUUACUUGUAAUGCAUUAACACCAACAUAGCUAUAUUUGGUUAAUUUUAUGUUGAUUGUGCUUUAUUAAAGAUGAAUAUUACCCCUUCA